GUUUUGAUCGUUUUCUUCGUCCCCGUGUACCCCCCAUUAUCGUCAGGGUUUUAGCCUCUCUCCCCUUCAUCUGCAAUUUCCCUCUCUACCAAAGAUGGAUUCCAUUGCUAAAGCGUUGUGCUCUGGUCAACCCUGCCAUUUCUCCCUCAAUCCCCACCGUCCAUCCUUCUCCAAACCCAUAUCUUUCCUCUCCUUCAGGACCCCACCUCAUCUAUCAUCAUCACCGUUCAAAGUUUCCUCCAUUAGAGCCACAUCUUGUCGCUCUCAUAAAACACGGCAAACCCAUCAACCUUCACUUCUUCAAACCCUAAACCCUCUUCUCAAAACCACUAGCAUCACUCUCACUGCCGCUGCUGCAAUCCUCUUCUCGCGACUCCAGCUUAAACCCGCAAUUGCCGCACCGGUAGUCACGCCAGCCACCGUAGAGCCCAACAAGGAAUCAUCUAAGGAAAGUGGAUCAUCAUUUGAAGAACAAGAACGAGUGCUUGAGGAGCAUUUGGCUGGACAUCCUGAUGAUACUGAAGCUCUGCGAUCCCUAAUGGAGGUUAGGAUCAAAGGCCGGAAGCUUCCUGAAGCAAUCGAAGUCUUGGACCGCUUAAUUGAGCUGGAGCCCAAUGAGAAUGAAUGGCCGUUGCUAAAAGCUCAACUUUAUAGCUACAGUGGAGAAUUUGAAUCGGCGAGAAAGGGGUUCGAGGAAAUACUAGAAAAAGAUCCUUUUCGGGUGGAAGCUUAUCAUGGUCUAGUAAUGGCACAUUCUGAAUCUGGGAAUCCAUUGGAUGAGGUGAUAAAAAGAAUUGAAGCAGCGAUGAAUAAAUGCAAGAAAGAGAAGAAAAAAUCUGAUUUGAGGGAUUUUAAGUUACUAAUUGCACAAAUUAGAGUGAUGGAAGAGAAAUAUGUGGAAGCUCUGAAGGUUUAUGAGGAAUUGGUGAAGGAGGAACCAAGGGAUUUUAGGCCAUAUUUGUGCCAGGGAAUUAUAUAUACUCUGUUGAGGAAGAAGGAUGAGGCAGAGAAAAAAUUUGAGCAGUUUAGGAAGCUUGUCCCUAAGAAUCAUCCAUACAGGGAGUUUUUCGUUGAUAACAUGUUUGCAACAAAGUUCUUCUCGGAGAAGGUCAAGAGGGAGGAAGCAGGGUUUAGCAACUGAGAGGAUUGGGAAAAAAAUUAGGGAUUGAUUUUCUUGAAGCUAAAGAACUGCCAAGCUAUAUAAUUAGCCCUCACCUGAGUUAAGGAAAAUGAAGUGAAUGUGCUUCGGCCAAUGAGCAUGUUGGCCUGUUUGCUGCUGCUCCUUUCAACUUUGGGAACGCAUAUGACUUUUUUGCCCAAAUGAACACAUAUGAACACAGAAAGAACACACUUCUUUAUUCAGAUGAGAAUUGUAGGAAAGCCUGGAUGUAUUUGCUUCUUUUGUCAAACUUUCUGUGUCAACUGGGAAGGAAAAUGUUACUUCUUUGGUCUAAUUGUUAGAGCAGAUGUAGUGAAUAUGUAGAUUCUACAAGGAUAAGCUUGGAACAGAAGGAAUACUAUUGUUUUCAGAUGAGUCUUCAAGUGGAAGCAUGGUAUCUUAAUUUUCAUUGUGGAAAAGUAGCAAGCAACUCCUUAUUUGAAAUCAAAAAAUUUAUAAGAAUUCAAUUCAAUUAAUUUCAUUUCUAUCAAUUUUAUUUUUGGAAUGAAAGAAAUCAGUUCUUUUUAAUUGGGAAAAACCAUUUUAACUUUUUAAAAUCAUGCAUAAUCUUAUAAGAAUUCAUUUGAAUUAUUUUCUUGUAAAAAGAAGCAUUUGAAA